UAAUAGAAUGAUUCUGCUGUUCUCCCUCUAACUCACUUCUUACAUUACCACACAAUCCAAUCCAAUCCAAUGCAAGAAGCGCUCGCGCUUAUGGCGGCACACGCCGUUCUCUCCGCCGCCGCGCCGCCGCCGGACAUCUUCUUCUCUCCUUCUUCACCCUCUCCCAUACAGCAUUCGUCCUUCCAUAUCAACUCAAAUGCCCUCCCAUUCUUGUCUCUCUCUUCCGCUACCGCUCCCAAGCCUCUCGCCGUCAUCGCCUCCGCCUCCGCCUCCGCCACUCAGAAAGCGGUUGCAGUUAUUAAGGGCGCGUCCAAUGUCGAGGGCGUCGUCACUCUCACCCAGAAUAACAAUGGUCCCACUACUGUGAAUGUUCGUAUAACAGGACUCGCUCCAGGGAAACAUGGAUUUCAUUUGCAUGAGUAUGGAGACACUACAAAAGGGUGCACAUCAACAGGUUCGCAUUUUAAUCCUAAUAAAUUGACACAUGGAGCUCCUGUGGAUAAAGUCCGUCAUGCGGGCGACCUGGGAAACAUAGUGGCUAAUGCUGAUGGUGUUGCUGAAUCUACAGUAGUCGACAAUCAGAUAGCAUUGGCUGGUCCAAAUUCAGCCAUUGGAAGAGCUUUCGUGGUUCAUGAGCUUGAAGAUGAUCUCGGAAAGGGUGGUACUGAGCUCAGCCUUUCUACUGGAAAUGCCGGUGGCCGUUUGGCUUGUGGUGUUGUUGGUUUAACUCCAUUUUUGAAGUAGCUGUUCCCUGUUUGCUUUGUGUACUCUGAAUUCUGAAAUAUAAACCCAAUCUGUGCUGUAAUUAAAAGUCAUGGAUUGCUUUUUUGUGACAAUGUCGGAGUUUGUUUCGAUAAUUGUUUGUGGGUAAUAUUUUUUCAAA